ACUACAGUGCGCUCGAGAAGCCUUUCUCCUCUCCGCACCUCUUCGUUCUCCUGUUUCUUUCUUCCCUUCUUCUGAGGUCAUCUUAAAGUAGACGACGACGACGACGACGACGAAGAGGGGUUUCAAAGAACCGCUGAUCUCAAAGGUCUCUUCUUUAUCUUCCUCCAUCACUACGUCUCUGUUUGGCUGAAUUGAUCACUUGGAUUUUGUUGGUUGAGUACCGAAUACAUCGAUUCUUGCUGCGUUUGUAUGAUUCUCUCUUUGCUUCUCAUCCUUCUUAUUAGCUCAAUUGGUGGGAGUUUAUGUGUUCCAGCCUAAAGACUUAUUUGGAUCUUUCGAACCCAUGAUCUUGCCAUAAAACUAAGAUUGCUGUGUUCUUGAUUGAUUGGCGAAGUUAAGAGAACAGGAAAGAAUAAAAAAUCUGGAUGAUUGUUGUCCUUUCUCUUUUCCACUUCGAUGCCUCGCUAUCACUUGAAUUAUUUACAGGUUUUAGAGUGUAUUUGCAGAUUUCAUAAGUAGUCAUAUGACAUCUUCGAUGCUUACAGUUUGGUUUUCUUAAUUACUCAACAUGAGAAAAAAAAAAGGCAAAUGGAAAAGUAAAUAGUAAAAAGCAAAUGUAAUUUGAAGCCAUGUCUUAUUUACAGGAAAAAGGUGAUAGUGAUUUAUAUGAAAGAGAUGUUAUUAUGUAAUGAUUAUACUUUUCUUAUUUCUACAAGUUUCUAUUUUGAUCUUCUACUCGAGUUCUAUAAAAGUUGAAGUGUAUAUCAGAGAUAAUUCUUUUUGAUGUUAUGAAUUCAUCAUUCAUUACUAUUAGUGUUCAUCUUUGAUUUAUGGAAUGCUAAUUUUUCCCUUCACAAUGUAUUGUCUCCUCUUUCUACGGAUCGAGAUGAAGUGCAGGAUGCAGUGAUUCCAAGUGAUUGUUGCCAGAAAGGAGGUGAAUUGGAGCAUGAAGAAGAUUGCAUCGAAGAGAAACUUCCGAGGAUUACCACGGUGGAGAUGUCAAUACCACAGAUUCUACUCCCUCUGAUGGCAUUGUCUCUUCUGGCAAUGAUGGUUGCAGUGUUUUCACGCCUCAUAAACAUAUGGAGUUGUCUCGAAGUCUGAAGCUUCGAUGGACACUGAUACGCAUAAAGAAGAACGGACGAAGAAGAUGACUGCACAUGAACGGCUUCAAAACGAGUUGUGUGCAGUAAACGACAGGCAUGUAAUGCGAGAUAGGUGUCUUGACUCUCAAGACUUCCAUUCGGUGCAGAGCUGGUUGGAAGCAGAAAAUGAUGAGCCUGUGAAAUCGUCUCUCUCGAGUGAUGCAGAGUUCCACAGCAGUUCGUACGAUGAUCAAAAUGGCAGUCCAUCAGAUGGGCUCGUCACGCUCGAGCACAUUCGAAUGGAGAUACUGAGGAAGGCUGAUGAGUUGAGAGAGGAAAUCAGCGAGGUGUUCGACAGAUCUGAGGAAGGCCAGGGACGAUUUCACCUCACAGAAGAGAAGCUUCCUCCUAAAGCAAAGAAUGUUCCUCGACCACACCGGUUCACAAACCAUCUUCCAAGAUCACCCCAUGUCGCUUGCUUGCAUUGCCGUCAUGGAGAGUGCCACCGAACAUCUGUGAAGCCCACAACCAAAGCUCGGAUUGAGCAUGAAGAAGCAGGGAGCAGGCGGCGGAUGAAGCGACAUUGUCGUCCUGUUUUAGGUGGAGCUCCCUUUGUCGUCUGCUACAAUUGCUUGCAGUUGCUGAUGCUCCCCUUGGAUUUCUUCAUUGCAAGGAGAAGAUUGUGCAAGCUGCAGUGCGGUGCUUGCUCAAAAGUGCUCAUGUUUUCCUUCAGAACUCGAAAUCGCGGGGUCCCUUUCGUGCCAAUCGAGGAAGAGCAACCAACAAGCGAGGUGGAGACAAGUGCAGAUGCUACUCUCGGACAGGAGAUAUCGAAUUCACCAUCGAAUGAUAGCUCUCGCUGGGACUCACUUUCUUGCUCAGAUGAGAAUGGACUCUCUCUUGGCAUCAGCUACUCCACGGAUGUCGAAAGGAACGAUAAGCUUCCGCCAUUUUUGCAGCUUCAUCAGCUUAUGGGCUACGGUUCGGCUACUGAGUUCUUAUACCGGCACAGCGAUGUUAUGGAUGAAGAACUUGAAGCAACUGAACCGAGCACACCACACCGCAGUAGUCCUGAGGAAGAGGAAGCGUACGUUGGAGAUGGAAUCGAGGAGACAGCCAUUGAGGGAGACGAGUCAGCAGGGCGAUCGAGAACCAGAAAACCUCCACUGCAUGGAUUGCUGAAGAUCAUGAAGCUGAGGAUCCAGAAAACCGGAAGGAAAAACUCAGAUUAGCAAUUGGAGGCUAUUUGGGGUGACAUCUCAGGCUUCAUCGACUCUUGACACAUCGAUGUCUUCCAUUAGGGUAAGAGCACAGAAGAAUUCUACAGAGUGGCCUGUACAUAAAUAACUGCAUUCAUUUCCUAUGCAUGAAUUACUCAAGUUGGAUAUGUUUCAA